AUGGAUACCUUAGAACAAACAGUCACUAAUAAUUCAAUAAUCCCCAAUAAUGUUAAUCAAGUUAAUAAUGUUGGUAUUGACCCUCGAGAUAUUGGUACCCCGGAUAAUUGGGUCCCUCGUCAUCCGGAACUUGUAAGACUAACUGGAAAACAUCCUUUUAAUGCGGAGGCACCAUUAUCUCUUUUAAUGGACCAGGGUUUUAUCACACCAAACUCCUUACACUACGUAAGAAAUCAUGGGCCUGUACCUAAGCUUCAGUGGGAAACACAUCGUUUAACCGUUAACGGCCUUCCUUAUAAGGAAUUUCCUGUGACACUUUGUUGUGCUGGAAACAGAAGAAAAGAACAAAACAUGAUCAAACAAACUAAAGGAUUUAACUGGGGUGCAGCAGCUACAAGCUGUGCGAUCUGGAAAGGUGUUCCAUUAAGCCAUAUUUUAAAAUUAGCUGGAGUUGUCGAUCACAAAACCGAUAAGCCUCGCUACGUAUGCUUUGCCGGUUGUGAUAAAUUACCGAAUGGUUAUUAUGGAACAAGUCUCCCUUUAGAAUGGGCAAUGAAUGAUGCAAAUGAUGUUAUCCUGGCAUACGGAAUGAAUGGUGAAAGGUUACCUCCUGACCAUGGUUAUCCAUUACGCGUUAUUAUUCCUGGAUGUAUUGGUGGUCGGAUGGUUAAAUGGCUUGAAAGUAUAUCAGUAUCCGACAAAGAAUCCGACAGUUAUUAUCAUUAUUUUGAUAAUCGAGUUCUUCCUCCAGAGUAUGAUGCGGAACGAGCCAAUAAAGAAAAGGCGUGGUAUAAUCCAGAUUACAUUAUUAACAAACUUAAUAUUAACUCUGCUAUAACUUCACCGGCACACAAUGAGCGUAUUCCAUUAUCAAGCUUUGUUAGUACAAAAGAGUAUACAAUUAAAGGAUAUGCAUAUACUGGAGGUGGACAGAAAGUUACUCGUGUGGAAGUUUCUUUAGACGGUGGCAACACAUGGCUUCUCGCAAAGUUGACACAACCAGAACUUGAGCAUCCAGCAGUUUUAAAAAGAGGAAUAAAUCCUAUUCCACGAUUUUGGUGUUGGAGUUUUUGGUCAUUAUCCGUCCCACUUUAUUCAUUUAUUCGAUGUGAAGAAAUUUCUGUGAGAGCUUGGGAUUCCACUCAUAAUACACAACCUCGAUCUCCAACAUGGAAUAUUAUGGGAAUGAUGAAUAAUUGUCAUUUCCGUGUAAAAGUCAACACAGCUAAUCAAGGAAAAGAAUUUUUCUUAGAAUUCACACAUCCAACUCAACCCGGUAAUAAUCCUGGCGGUUGGAUGGUUAAAUCCGAACCACCAAAGGCAGUAAAGGCACCCGAACCAUCAAUAUCAGCUCGUACUUUUACCCUCAAACAAGUGGAAAAACAUAAUACUGAAAAAGAUUGUCUUGAAGCUAUUCUUAUCAAUGCCGGAAAAGAUGUUACAGAAGAGUUCAAUGCUAUCCAUUCUAGCAAAGCAAGAUCCAGGUUGAGCAAUUUCUAUAUCGGUGAUCUAUCAGACAAAUCUCAACCAAAAUUAUAA